CUAACCCCCAACAUGUCCUCAGUAGAACCCCCAAACUUGGAUAGGUGCGGCGAUGGCAUCGUUUUCAAUAUUCAUUGUGACAAUGCUGAUCAAUUCCAAUUAUCGUCUGAUUUCAGUCCUUUUUGACAGAAUCCUCCGAUCAUGACUGGGCACUUGACACUUGACUAGGUAGGUAGGUAGACCUAUUUACUUUCCUGAUUGCAAGGCUAGUAAUGAAACUCCAAAGCUUCCAUGAUUUUAUACACACCUACCAGCCUAGUAAGUAUCUGACAUCCCCCGCAAACCUUGUCGUAACACAACACGAAGACGAAAUGCAAUGUAUUGGAGGCACACUUUCUUUGGGCCUGGGUCUCUAGUUGGAUAGGUUGACAAGCCUGACAAGGUGAGGAGCAAGAUCAAGGUGCAAAGUGUGUGUGCGUGUGUGUGCGUGUGUCGUGUUUCGACUUUGGAGUGUUGGAGUGUUGGAGGUCUCAAACUUGUUGCUAAAAGUAGUCCUUACUAAGUACCUAUCUUUGUGUUUCUUCUACUCCUCCUAAUACUUUCCGUCCUUUCAACUACUAUAUUCAUUUCCAAAGUCCAAGCUACAACGCGAAACGUUCACAACCACAGAGAAAACAAAAUCGAAACACCAUACGGAUACCCCUUUUCUCUUCCGCCUCAUCUUAUCUCCUACUAUCCGGGGUGACACGGUGUAUGUUACGGCCACCUCAAGGACCCUGCCUUUGUCUCUUCCUUCACCUCAGGUCAACCUCUGCCGUGCGACGGUGACUCGCUGAGGUGAGCCCAGGUACCUCAAGCCCGACUCCAAGGGACCAACCACCCCCUGGUCACCUGCUAAACCGCCACACCAGAAACGAUCCGAGUUGAGCUCCCUGCUUCUACGUUGUGUACCGGUAGACCUUCUGGACCGUGGCGUGCAUAUGAGUUUUUGGCUGAGUUAUCCUCUUCCGUCUCAUCUGAUUUGAGUAAUUCGACCCCCAGAGGCAAAACGCCAAAAACGCCGGGAGUGCCUAAAUCGGCCACUUUUGUAGUGGAGGCUUCAAGGUGCCUGAGUCUGGGUACAGUCCAUACUUACACUGCCCUGCCUAGUCCCGUCGGCUUUAUAGUGGGCGCCUGCACAAGCUCCAUCUAAAAUAACCAAACUAACUGUGCGACGUGCGCCAGGGUAUUUGACUACCCCCUUGGCCUCCAUCUCUUAUUCGGUUCAGUCCAACCUCACUCUUCUUUCCACCGAAACAACUGACAAAUCUCUCUCUUCAACUUGUCGAGGCCUUUGCUGUCUCAGACCUGCUACGGCUUGUCCAUUUUGCCUCUGUUGAAGACUUGACCAUGGGCCGUACGCCGGCCUACAUCUUUGUCGUCAGGCACGGCAACCGCCUUGACGCUGCUGACAAGAAAUGGCAUCUUUCAUCCCCUACACCCUAUGAUCCCCCUCUGACCUACGGCGGCUGGCUUCAAGCCAGAGCUGUUGGCAACCAAAUCUCCAGCAUUCUCGAACAAGCGAAGGACGAGUACGAGACGACUUCCAAAGGCACAAAAAAGCGACGUAGAUUCAAGGUCGUCAUUCAUAGCUCGCCAUUCUUACGAUGCGCCCAAACAUCCAUCGGAAUCAGCUCUGGUCUUGCACAGACUCCCCAUGAAUCGCCUUACCGUCCGAACGACAUAUUCGUUUCCGCAACGGGACCACCAAAGCACUUUCGAUCUACAAUAUUACGUUUGGAUUCCUUUCUCGGAGAAUGGCUGUCUCCCGAGUACUUCGAACAGAUUACCCCACCACCUGGUGCAGCCCUCAUGCUUGGAAGUGCGAAGGCCGAACUCCUACGACGCGAAGACUACAGUGCACUGACAUCUGCACCCGCUCCAACUCCGAUGCCUCACAGAGGCUCUAAUGCUUCUCUCUGGAACGGAUCUCCUGCCGCCAGUCCGUCUCUUGGACCCUUGAGACCAGGGUCUGCAGUGGAAGGUUCAACAGGGUCGGCUAUGGCUGCGGCUCUAACUGGGCAGCUGGCAACUCAGAUGGAAAAGAAAGGCUACACAGUCCCAAAGCCGAACUAUGCUAUCUCGAGUUCCGGAAAGAUCCCCGACGGAUUCGUGGCCCACGCGCGUGACGAAUGCGUUGUGGUGGAUUACCAAUGGGAUUCCAUGAGAGCUCCACUAGAUUUUGGAGAUGGCGGCCAGCUUGGAGAAGAGUGGACAGACAUGCACAAGAGAUUUCGACGCGGUCUGAAGAAGAUGGUGGACUGGUACGCUACGACUGAUGCACCUGAUGAGAUGGUAACGCAGGCUGCCGGAGCUUCAUCGAAUGACACACACGACCCCUCGAUUUCUGAAGACGAGGAUGUAGAGACUGUUGUUAUUCUUGUAUCUCACGGAGCUGGAUGUAAUGCUCUCAUUGGCGCUAUUACUCAUCAGCCUGUUCUUAUGGAUGUUGGCAUUGCCUCUAUCACUAUGGCAGUUCGAAAGCAAGAUGCUGAUUACGGCACUCUCCUGGCUGCAUCAGCAAAUGAGGCGCCAAACUCUGAACCCCAUGUCUCCCCCCAUCAGAUGUACGAUAUUCGCAUGUCUGCAAGCACAGAACAUUUGCGCUCAACAACCUCGACUCCCGUCUCAUCCCGAUCAACUUCAGCUGAUGGUUUCCCUGCUGCUAUCCGCGGCCGCAACCCCAGCAUCGGCAGUACUGAUGGACCCGGCCCACUCAUUGGUUCUUUCGUCUAUUCCGACCCUAUCAUUCCCAUGGGCAGUCGUAGUGCUUCGGCCAGUGCAACUGUGGGAUCGUCCUUACGUCGAACUUCUGGGUCACAGCGACCACUGAAUCGAGGACCAGCUCUUACCACGGCAACAGGCGAAUCAGGCUCAAGGAGCAACUCACCGAGCGCCAACACAUCGUUCGGCCUGUGGACACCUGGGCCUUCGUCACUUAGACUGAUGGAUGAUGGUAGUGACGAUGCCUCUGACAAGGAGGACUUCGAUUCCGUGCUGCCUAACUUUAGCCGUUUUAAAGGUAUUCCGGAGGACAACAAGGGAGAAGCCCAAGCUUCUGCUGCCAUGUCUACCUCGAACUCAUCUACGCAAUCAUCUUUUUCUUCACGCUUUGAGCUUAACUCUACAAACUCAUUAUCUAUGAGCUUGCCGCCCGCCGCCAUCACCUCACUCAGCUCGUUCUCGUUCCCACCAAGUGGGGAGACUACUCCAAAGGCCACGCCCCGAGGUCCUAUUCUCUCGGCCCCUAUCAGAAUCAAGACAGAUAUCUUACACGAUUUUGACAAGCCCGCUGAAGAGCUUCAAAUUGGACAACUUGGAGAUGGUCUGGGCGGACUUUGGGGUCUUCCUCGACCUCCUGGCGAGGCCGAACGUUUCCGCGAUAUGAGUCUUUCAAAACGACGUUGGACGACUACCGAGCGCGCCUAAAGCUCGACUCUCUUUGAUACCCCAGAAUACUUGCCCUUUGACAGGAUGAUGACUCAAAUAUCCUUUUCUCUCGAGGACUAGGGCAGAACGUUAUUUAUGUCUUCGCCUUAUACUAUUUCAGCGCGCGUUGCUUCCUGCUAGUCGUUUACUCUUACUCACUCAACGACAGGCAGGUCUGUCUUUUUACUCAUGGCAUCGGCGAACUGGCGGGAUACCAUCCACUCAUGAAAUGGAGCACAGCAAUGAUAUGCCGGACCUAAUGGCAUUGGGAUUGAUACCUAGGGAAGGGAUGAAUUUACAGGGACAACAACAUGUUUCAUUGAGUUGCUAAGAGUAUAUUGCUUUACACUUUGGGAUCCGGCGCAUGGUUUUUACGGCGAAAACGGCGGGAAUGUAUUCUGGUACGUGGGAAAGCAUAUAGCGAUACCAGGAUUGUAGGCACGAUCGCCGUCAAGAGCCCAAGAUUGCUCAAAUGUAUUUUUUUUUAGAAAGUGAAUACCAACUCUCAUCUUCACUACCUUGUUCGGCCACUGUUGGUGACGAGCUAAGUAAAACACCUGACGG